CAGCUCUUCGACGUCUUCAAGUAGAAAAGUAUGGAAAACAAAUUGCAUUAAUAUUAAUAAUUAAAACAUGUUGGGGUUCUGCCUUUGAAUAUAUAGAUUAUCUUUUACAAACAAAAAUGGUGAUAAAAUCUAUUUUAUCAGAAGAUAAUAUAAGAAUUGAUAGUCACAUUCAAAUUUUAAUUAUUAAUGAUAAUUUUUGGAAAGAUUUUAAACAUCUUUAUGACUUAUUAAAACCAUUCUUAAUAUUUAUUCAUCUUUUAGAACAAGAUAACCCUUUACUUUCAGUAGCAUAUAUCAAGUUACUUGAUAUAAGAGCAGAUAUACAUAAUAAUCAGCAAGAUCAUGUUAUAGAAAAAGAAAUUAUAUGGUUAUAUGGAAUAGAAAAUAAAGAUAAAGUUUUAUUAGAAUUUGCAGAAUAUGUUAGUAAAACAGAUUGGCCAUUAUCAAUAAGUGAUUUAAAAAAAUCUGAAGCUAUUAUUGAUAAAAAGAUUAGCGAAAAUAUGAUAAAUAAUGAAGAAGCUGAUACUAAUGAAAAUUUUGAGGAGAACAUUGAAGAAAAUUUUGAAAAAUACUUAGAGAAGAAUUUUACAGAAAACUCAAAGGAAAAUUUGAAAGAACAAUUUGAUAAAGAAAAUUCUGAAAAUUCUGAAAAGUAUUCUGAGGAAAAUUUUGAGGAAUAUUACGAAAGCAAUUUUAUAAGCUUGGAUAAUGAUUAUUAA